AUGUUCCAGUGCUUAGGCCUAGGGGACGUAGAAUCAGGUGGGUGUGGUGAGGACUGGUACCACCCCGAGUGCCUGGUCGGCAUUCCUCGAGGAAGGAACGAUGGCCCCAGAAAUAAUAUCGACUGCUCAAUCACUCCAGCAACAAAAGAGCCAGAAUCUGCUGUAGAAGGAGACGACGACCCUCCGUUGCCACCCGGAUUUCCUGCUGAAGAUGAUUUUGAUACCUUCAUCUGUUACAAAUGUCUACGUUCGAAUCUGUGGCUUAAACGAUACGCUGGUACAGCGGGCUUUCUUCCUCCAGUUUUCAAGGAAAACAAGGGCCAUUUCCCUUGUGAAGAGAUCUCAACAGUACUUGAUACUCCGAACGGCCAAAGGAAACGUAGUUUGGAGACAAACGGCCGGCAAGAAGAACCCGAGUCAAAACGCCCAAAAAGCGGUAUUCCCGAGCAGUCAUCCACGGAAAAUUUAACCACCCUAGAAAAAUAUACAGAGAAGCACGAUUGCCUUCCUUCUAACAUGCCACUGGGGGAAUUUUCUUUAUUUCUUAAGGAGGAUUUCCGUGAUCACAUCUGCCGCUGUGCAACCUGUUUCCCCCUACUUAUUCCUCACCCACAGCUCCGCGAAGAAGAGGAGACAUACGAACCACCUCUCUCCGAUGCUGGCGGUGGUGAUAAUGCUGGAUAUAGUGCCGAUAGCCAACAUACAGGCAGCUUGCUUGAUCGUGGGGAGGCUGCACUAAGCAAUUUGGACCGGGUACGAGCAAUUGAGGGCGUUAUGGUCUAUAAUCACCUAAAGAACAAAGUAAAAGAGUUCCUAACACCGUUUGCUGAGAGUGGCACUCCAGUGGGCGCAGAGGAUAUCAAAGCGUACUUUGAGAAACUAAGAGGCGACGACGAGGCAAUCAGGGAAGCGGGAGCUAAAUGUAAUAACUCUCAUGGUGAUGGAGGUGAUAGUGCUUCGAGGAGGGAACAAAAUGGUAAGUCAACACCUAGUGACUCAGUCUUGAUUUACAAGCAUUUCUAA